ACGCAAACCUCGUGUCCGACGCUAAAGCUAGAGAUGUAAGCAUUGCGACUUGCGUUGGAAAAUAAACGCAGGCGAUCACCAGUCGAGUUUUCGAAUCCGUCGAAGCGGUACUGUCGUCCCGACCGAUUCCUAAGUGCCUGAAGAUAAGGAAUGUGCCUUUAGUGACCAGUGUUGCUAGUGAUAAAGUUUAUUUUUAAUCUGUAAAGUGUUCAGUAGAAGUCAUGGAGCUAAGAAGAUUAUCUAUAUGUAUAGCAUUCUUCGUGUUUGCUUGCGUGUCACAAUGCUCAGAAGCGCGCCACUCCAUGUACAGCCGUGAGGUGGAAGACAUCAACUAUGAUGAUGUACUGGCUGAUGAAGCGAGCGAUGAUGAAGCGCAAAAUGAUGCUGAUGGAGGAAACGAUGCCGAUGAAGAUGUGGAAGAUGCAGUGAUUGUCACUCAAGCGACUAACUAUAGUGUUAUCAUUGGAAAAACUGUCAGAUUGGAGUGCAAAGUUGAACCAGCUGAUGGUGUUGUUGUUCAAUGGACAAGGAAUAAUUCGAAAUUCUUUAUCGGUACCAUGAAACCCACAGAACAGGAUUUAAGAACUAUCUCAGGACAAAAGAGAUUCUUUAUUGCGGCGAACUCCACUGACCUCCUCAUAAAAGACAUACAAUUUGAGGACAGCGGUUUCUACAAGUGUGAGAUACUUCAGGCGAAUCCACCCUCUGUUCAACACCACAUUGCUAUUCUGGAGUCAGCUAAAAUUCUUCGCUUUUACGCAUCAGACAACGGCGUCGUAAGAGAAGGGAAGGACCUCCUCCUCACUUGUGAGGUCUCAGGGUCUCCUCCUCCACAAAUCCUCUGGUCUUGGGGUGGUAUUGAUGGGAACCAAAACCAACGUUUAUCAGAAAAAGACGGAGAAUUCACGGCUAACAGUGUACUCCUACGAGAUGUGAAGCACGAAAACUCAGGGAAAUAUUACUGCUAUGUAUUCAACAAUGUUGCUCACGCGCAGGCCGAGCUCACCGUCAAUGUUUUACGCAAACCUAGAGUCCAUGUACACAGAACUGUCAUUAACUCUGACAUCAAUGUUGAAGCUGUGCUGCAGUGCUCUAUCCAUGAUGAACUGGCUUCUCACAUCCGCUGGUACAAAGACGGCAGGCUAAUCAGUGACUCCUCAAGCCAGUACAUCAUCAGCACUGAAGCCCAACACUCCAACUUGACUGUCGUUCCCACAUCUGAUCAAGACUUCGGUACUUUUACUUGUGAAGCGGAAAAUCAGAACGGCAAGCACAACAGGUCCAUCGAACUCGUACAGAGUCCGGUAGUCGAAAGUUUCAGUAACGAUGGACCAAGACUUUCUUGGACUAUCCACUCCCACCAGCCGUUGGAGGAAAUUGAACUACAACUGAGGGAUUUGAACGGGGAAGGUGAAUGGAGGACUCUCAGUGUACCACUUCCCGAUCGGAGACAUCACGAGUACGAGAUGAUCUACUCUCUAGAGGAUGCUGAAAUCGACGCCGGCAAAUACGAGGCCACACUCAAAGUGAAGAAUAACAAGAGUUGGAGCGAACACACCAACCCCACCAUUGUUGAUAUCGAAGCGCAAGCGCAGUACAUCAGACCGGCAUCAGUAUACCUACCUGGAAGUGGCCAUUCGAUCAGACCCUCGUUAAUCCUUUUCCCCCUCAUCUACUUGUUGGUGCGACUCUAAAUCCAUUAAUAGUUUUAAUUAUUUAUUAUUAGAAUUAUUAACACGCUUUCUUACUUCAUUAGUCAAGGUAAAUUAAAACGGCCCUUAACAGGCCUUUAAUUACGCAAUUAGUUUAGCCUGUGAUUAAAUUGAUUUUCAAUUUUGCGUUAAUCGUGACGGGAAGAAAUAAUAACAGGUUUGAUUGACGUAGGUAAUUUACCUUUACUUUGAUGCGUAAACAUUUGAAUAAUUUACUGAUAAUUAUAGUUUUUUUAUAAUAUUUAUAAAUCAGAAUAAAGCAGUGGCAAUUCUUUAGCUUAUAAACCACAGCUAAAAGCUACCAUUUUCGUUAAAUUUUGAUAAAAUUCUAAAAAUAUCAAAAUUAUAUUAAAGAAAAUUUCCGUAGAAACAGAAAAUCACUCAAAUCUAAGAAAGUUUAAAAAUAAGCCAUUAAUUUUCCAUUUUUUUAUUUCUGUAACACAAUAUAUUUAGACGUAAAAAACGUAUAGAUAUACGAAAACUUUACAAUGAGGCUAUACCUUGACCAAUGAUGUCAGAAAUCAGUUCGCUUUUGAAUGUAACACAUAAUUUAUCCAUCACAUAAAUUCCAUAAAUGUAUAAAAAAUUGUACAAGUACAAAUGAAAUUUUAAUCUAAGCCAAGAUACUUAAUCGUAUUAAAAUUUUAAAAGUGAUUAGUGAUAUAAAUUCCAGGUGCAGUUCUACUCAUACUUUUUGUAAAUAUUUAAUUUUAUACAUCGCUCUAAUAAAACAUUGUUUUAAUAACCGAUCGUUAAACUGACGGACGGUUAAAUUUUAGAAUCGGUUGUUCCUACAAUGAACAGUCUCACUUUAAUUAUAGUUAUUAAAAUCAUAGGUAAUUAUUACCAAAGUGUAAUUAAGUUAAUCGCGACUAGUUUAAAUAGUUUAUUUUGAUUAACGCUUAUAAAUAUUUAUUCGGUUCAAUAACCGUUUGCUAUGUAACUAAUUUGUAAGGCGUACUCAAAGUCAGAGUAGUUGACUCUGAGUGUGGCUAAUGUUAAUAGUUAUUAGUGACAGUUUUAUUAUGUCAACUCUAUGGGCAAUGCGUGCCAAUAUAAAACGCACAAUUACCCAAAUUUCACUAUAGUUUAAAGUUUGGUGAAGUAAUGAACCCAUAGAUAAAUCUUAGAAAUAGAAAUUGCCCAUAGAGAAAUAAGGCCAUAAUACAAUGAGAAUAUACCAGUACUAGCCUUAAAGUGUGCCUAAACUUUAGUUCCCAAAGGUGCUAAAACCUUUCCAUACGCUGUUAAUAAUUAGAAGCAUUUUAAGGAAACUUCUAUUUAAAUAAAAACGUCUUUAUCGGAUAUAUAUGGCGAUUUUAUUAUAUUACGUUUAGCGUAAAGUUUACAAACCAGUAAUUUUAAUUAAUAUACUUUUAUUAUACGUAUUAUUUUUUAAGUAAUGGCACGUUGGCAACAUUUUAUUAAAAUACAUUAUUCUUGAUAAUUCAACGACUAGAUAUAAUGUAAAUGACUAGUCUAUGCUUUUAAUGUAAUGCAUUUUAAUCAAAUUCAUAAUACAAUAGAAAAGCCAUAUUUUGUAUAAUUUCCCGAGUUUUAGGGAAGUGACAUAGAGUAUCUAAAAUAUAAGUAUUAUUAUCAUGUCACUAAUUUCUGAAUCUUUAUAAUUUUGUUGUGCAAAAAUAUAUUGAAGAGCCGAAUAUUCAAAGGAAUAUAAAUUAAUAAUAUAUGCGAUUUACCGAACAAAAUAUUAAACUGUGUUUAAAAAUAACGACAGAUUAACGUGUAAACAUGGCCACUUUAUUAAUCCAGUACUAUAUUUGGUUUCUAAAUAAAUUCGUAUAAUACUUUUAACCAGCUAAAUUAUGUAUAAUUUGUAGUAUUGCUUGUAAGACAUCGUUAUAAUAAGUCUAAUCCAGUUCCAAAAUAGGAGCUAUUACCGUUUAAUUUAAUAACUAUUAUGUUCACAAAUUAUGUUUUUUCACUAGAGUUUAAAGCGCAUGAACCUCGCUCAGACCAACAAAAAAUUCUUAUAAAAGGCAUUAUUACCAUUUAUGGGAAUGUUAAUAUAACACUUAGGUACUUCAUUGGAGAUAAAACUGAAGGCAGCAUUUUCGAGUAUUUCUUGUUAAAGUUAUGUCAAUAUACAAUAUUUUAAAUGUUUCGAACAAAUCUUCGCAGCAACAAUAUUAAAAAAUAUCGGGAAUUAAAACGAUUGAUUUUAAGACAAAAUAUUUUUUAGGCUCGACCCAUUCGAUUGAGAUAAUAAUCACGUAAUGAGUUAAUACAUUUUCCAUCGCGACAACGAAAAAUUGGGCUUGUCCUACUAACUUGUGAUUUUUUAUUGGUCUGAGAACGUGUGUAAACAUCAAGUGCUUUGUAAUAUUAGAGAUCUAUUAAAACGGCCCUGAUUUAAUAAUUGAUGUACAAGUUAUAUUGUGCCUUCGCUAUAUUAAAAUAGAAGGUGAUAUUUUGUCUUAAUAAAUCAUUAAUGUUUGUAAAUAAUUACACAUAA